AUGGAAGGGAUGGAGCUCCGCGCUACUGAUCAGGCAACACAAUUGGCGCAGAUGCACGAAAUUCUUCGUCGGUUGGAUGCGAGCCGGAAUCACGACGACGUGCUGGUUGCCAGAGUUUGGCCUAGUGAUCGUGGUAUGUUGCCUCUUCCGAAUCAAGGUCGACUAGUAGCUGAGCCUGCCACACAGUUGCAAGCUCCUCAGGGUCUGGCUCGAGAAAUUCAGGUCGAAGAGCAGGAGAAUUUACCUCCACCUUGA